AUGAGGUUUUUACUUCUUUUAUCUCUUCUUGGAUUCGCUUUUUGCAAGACGGGCAUUGACAGUAUUUCAGCCAUUUCUACAAGCACUUUCACUUGUUUGAAAAAUAAUGGAUACAGCUUUUUUGUGUUUAGAGUUUGGCGACAAGUGAAUAACUAUGAUGAUACUGGAAUCCAGAACAUUUUGAAUGCAAGAGCAGCUGGAAUCACCGACGUUGAUGGGUACAUCUAUCCAUGCACCUCAUCCUCUUGCCCACCUGGAGCCAAUCAAGUCGAGGCUGUCAUUGAUAAACUCAAUGAGAAAGGAGCCAAGAUUGGAAUGCUUUGGUUGGAUGUUGAGGGAACAUGGCCAUCGGACAAGACAAAGAAUCAACAAUUCAUUCAGGGAAUGGCUGAUGCGGCUGUGAAGAAGGGAGUCAAAGUCGGAGUCUAUACAGGUCAAUACUCGUGGCCAGAUAUUGUGGGCAGUUGGACGGGAAUGUCGAAAUAUCCACUGUGGUGGCCGAACUACAACAAUGACCCCGGAUUUGGCAAAUACCCACCAUAUGGAGGCUGGACGAAGCCAUUGGUCCACCAAUAUGGCGGUGAUUUGACGACUCGCCCAUGUGGAUUGGGUGAUAUGGAUAUCAACUACAAGGAU